CACACAGAUCAUGGCUUUAAGAGCAUGUGGCUUGAUCAUCUUCCGAAGAUGCCAAGUCCCCAAGGUGGACAACAGUGCCAUUGAGUUCCUCCUGCUUCAGGCGUCCAAUGGCAUCAACCACUGGACUCCUCCCAAAGGCCAUGUGGAACCAGGAGAAAAUGACUUGGAAACAGCUCUGCGGGAGACCAAGGAAGAAGCAGGCAUAGAAGCAGGCCAGCUGACCAUCAUUGAAGGAUUUAGAAAGGAGCUCAAUUACGUGGCCUGGGGGAAACCUAAAACUGUCAUCUACUGGCUGGCAGAGGUGAAGGAUUAUGACGUGGAGAUCCACCUCUCCCAUGAACACCAGGCCUACCAUUGGCUGGGUCUAGCCGAAGCCUGCCAACUGGUCCAGUUUGAGGACAUGAAGACAACACUCCAAGAGGGACACCAGUUUCUCUGCUCCACUGCAGCCUGAGUAGGCAGGAGGAGAGGCUCUGGCCAAAGUAGGAUCCUGUGGGCCUUCUGAGAUGAAAACCCCCCCUUCUCCUUGGGAAAGGUAGAUACUGAUGUUGGGCUUAUCCCUCAAAAAGCAGUUGGGCCAUGAAAUCAACUCAGGACUCUUAGGUGAGAGAUAGCAAGUAAAAGUGUGAGCUGGGAAUAAUAGAAAGCAGGGGGAAUGAAAGAAAAAGAGACCAGGCUUAGUUAGUGCAUCCUGUGCUUUAUAAAUAAACCCCAAGCUGCUUAUCAGA